AUGGCCAGGCAGCGGCUGCCACCCUGGGUCCAUGCAGCCUUCCUCCUCUGGCUCCUCAGCCUUGGUGGGGCCAUCGAGAUUCCUAUGGAUCCAAGCAUUCAGAAUGAGCUGUCCCAACCCCCCACCAUCACCAAGCAGUCAGUGAAGGACCACAUCGUGGACCCCCGGGAUAACAUCUUGAUCGAGUGUGAAGCAAAGGGGAAUCCUGCUCCCAGCUUCCACUGGACACGCAACAGCAGGUUCUUCAACAUUGCCAAGGACCCCCGAGUGUCGAUGAGGAGGCGGUCUGGGACCCUGGUGAUUGACUUCCGCAGCGGUGGACGACCAGAGGAAUAUGAGGGGGAAUACCAGUGCUUUGCUCGUAACAAAUUCGGCACGGCCCUGUCCAAUAGGAUCCGCCUGCAGGUGUCCAAAUCUCCCCUCUGGCCCAAGGAAAACCUAGACCCUGUUGUGGUUCAAGAAGGUGCCCCCUUGACGCUCCAGUGCAACCCCCCACCAGGACUUCCAUCACCAGUCAUCUUCUGGAUGAGCAGCUCCAUGGAACCCAUCACCCAGGACAAGCGUGUCUCCCAGGGUCAUAACGGAGACCUGUACUUCUCUAACGUGAUGCUGCCAGACAUGCAGACGGACUACAGCUGCAAUGCUCGCUUCCACUUUACCCACACCAUCCAGCAGAAGAACCCCUUCACCCUCAAGGUCCUCACCACCCGAGGAGUUGCAGAAAGAACACCCAGCUUCAUGUAUCCCCAGGGCACUGUGAGCAGUCAGAUGGUGCUUCGUGGCAUGGACCUUCUGCUGGAGUGCAUUGCUUCCGGGGUCCCAACACCAGACAUCGCAUGGUAUAAGAAAGGUGGGGACCUCCCAUCGCACAAGGCCAAGUUUGAGAACUUUAACAAGGCUCUGCGCAUUACCAAUGUCUCCGAGGAGGACUCUGGGGAGUAUUUCUGCCUGGCCUCCAACAAGAUGGGCAGCAUCCGGCACACGAUCUCGGUGAGAGUAAAGGCUGCUCCUUACUGGCUGGAUGAACCCAAGAACCUCAUUCUGGCUCCUGGUGAGGAUGGGAGGCUUGUGUGUCGAGCCAAUGGGAAUCCCAAGCCCACUGUCCAGUGGAUGGUGAAUGGGGAACCUUUGCAAUCUGCACCACCCAACCCCAACCGUGAGGUGGCUGGGGAUACCAUCAUCUUCCGUGACACCCAGAUCAGCAGCAGGGCUGUGUACCAGUGCAACACCUCCAAUGAGCAUGGCUACCUACUGGCCAAUGCCUUUGUCAGUGUGCUUGAUGUGCCGCCUCGGAUGCUGUCACCCCGGAACCAACUCAUUAGGGUGAUUCUUUACAACCGGACACGACUGGACUGCCCAUUCUUUGGGUCCCCCAUUCCCACACUCCGAUGGUUUAAGAAUGGGCAGGGGAGCAACUUGGAUGGUGGCAGCUACCAUGUCUAUGAGAAUGGCAGUCUGGAAAUUAAGAUGAUCCGCAAAGAGGACCAAGGCAUCUAUACCUGUGUUGCCACCAACAUCCUGGGCAAAGCUGAAAACCAGGUCCGCCUGGAGGUCAAAGACCCCACUAGGAUCUACCGGAUGCCUGAGGAUCAGGUGGUCAAGAGGGGUACCACAGUGCAGCUGGAAUGUCGAGUGAAGCACGACCCGUCCCUGAAACUCACUGUCUAUUGGCUGAAGGACGACGAGCCACUCUAUGUUGGAAACAGGAUGAAGAAAGAAGACGACUCCCUGACAAUCUUUGGUGUGGCAGAGCGAGACCAGGGCAGCUACACAUGUGUUGCCAGCACUGAGCUGGACCAGGACCUAGCCAAGGCCUACCUCACCGUGCUAGCUGAUCAGACCACUCCAACUAACCGUUUGGCUGCUCUACCCAAAGGACGGCCAGACCGACCCCGGGACCUGGAGCUCACUGACUUGGCUGAGAGGAGCGUGAGGUUGACCUGGAUCCCGGGGGAUGAUAACAACAGCCCCAUCACAGACUAUGUCAUCCAGUUUGAAGAGGACCAGUUCCAACCAGGGGUCUGGCAUGACCAUUCCAAAUUCCCAGGCAGUGUUAACUCAGCUGUCCUCCAGCUGUCCCCAUAUGUCAACUAUCAGUUCCGGGUCAUUGCUGUCAAUGAGGUUGGGAGCAGCCACCCCAGUCUCCCCUCCGAGCGCUACCGAACCAGUGGAACAUCCCCUGAGUCCAAUCCCACGGACGUGAAGGGAGAGGGGACCAGGAAGAACAACAUGGAGAUCACGUGGACGCCCAUGAAUGCCACCUCCGCCUUUGGCCCCAACCUCCGCUACAUCGUCAAGUGGCGGCGGAGAGAGACUCGCGACAGCUGGAACAACGUCACAGUGUGGGGCUCGCGCUAUGUGGUGGGGCAGACUCCUGUCUAUGUGCCCUAUGAGAUCCGAGUACAGGCUGAAAAUGACUUUGGGAAGGGUCCAGAGCCAGACACUGUCAUUGGUUAUUCCGGAGAAGAUUAUCCCAGGGCCGCACCCACUGAUGUUAAAAUCCGCGUCCUGAACAGCACAGCUAUCAGCCUUCAGUGGAACCGCGUCUACUCCGACACGGUGCAGGGCCAGCUCAGAGAGUACCGAGCCUACUACUGGAGGGAGAGCAGCUUGCUGAAGAACCUGUGGGUGUCUCAGAAGAGGCAGCAGGCCAGCUUUACUGGUGACCGCCUCCGGGGUGUGGUGGCUCGCCUCUUCCCAUACAGUAACUACAAACUGGAGAUGGUUGUGGUCAAUGGGAGAGGCGAUGGGCCUCGCAGUGAAACCAAGGAAUUCACCACCCCAGAAGGAGUACCCAGUGCCCCCAGGCGUUUCAGAGUCCGGCAACCCAACCUGGAGACAAUCAACCUGGAAUGGGAUCACCCCGAACACCCUAAUGGCAUCCUGAUCGGAUAUACUCUCAAAUAUAUGGCCUUUAAUGGAACCAAAGUAGGGAAGCAGAUAGCAGAAAACUUCUCUCCCAAUCAGACCAAGUUCACCGUGCAGCGAGCAGACCCUGUGUCCCGUUACCGCUUUACCCUCAGUGCCAGGACGCAAGUGGGCAACGGGGAAUCAGUCACCGAAGAGUCCCCAGCGUCACCUAAUGAAGCUACUCCAACCGCAGCUGCUCCCACACUGCCCCUGACUACCGGGGGAGCGGCAGGCACAGUGAGCAGUGCCGAUGCUACUGCCAUUGUUGCCACCACCGAAGCUACUCCAGUCCUCAUCAUCCCAACCGUCGCACCUACCACCAUCGCCACCACCACCGUCGCCACAACUACUCCAACCACUGCCGCCACCACCACCACCACCACGGAGAGCCCUCCCACCACCACCACCGGGACUAAGAUACAGGAAGCCGCCCCUGAUGAGCAGUCCAUAUGGAACGUCACGGUGCUCCCCAACAGUAAAUGGGCCAACAUCACCUGGAAGCACAAUUUCGGGCCCGGAACUGACUUUGUGGUUGAGUACAUCGACAGCAACCAUACGAAAAAAACUCUCCCUGUUAAGGCCCAGGCUCAGCCUAUACAAUUGACAGACCUCUAUCCCGGGAUGACAUACACUUUGCGGGUUUAUUCCCGGGACAACGAGGGCAUCAGCAGUACCUUCAUCACCUUUAUGACCAGUACAGCUUACACCAACAACCAGGCGGACAUCGCCACCCAGGGCUGGUUCAUUGGGCUCAUGUGCGCCAUCGCCCUCUUGGUGCUGAUUUUGCUCAUCGUCUGCUUCAUCAAGAGGAGUAGAGGCGGAAAGUACCCAGUUCGAGAAAAGAAAGAUGUUCCCCUUGGCCCUGAAGACCCCAAAGAAGAUGAUGGCUCAUUUGACUACAGCGAUGAGGACAACAAACCCCUGCAGGGCAGCCAGACAUCCCUGGACGGCACCAUCAAGCAGCAAGAGAGUGACGACAGCCUUGUGGACUAUGGCGAAGGCGGCGAGGGACAGUUCAAUGAGGACGGUUCCUUCAUCGGCCAGUACACUGUCAAAAAAGACAAGGAGGAAACUGAAGGCAACGAAAGCUCUGAGGCCACGUCCCCUGUCAAUGCCAUCUAUUCUCUGGCCUAA